AUUGUUGUAAUAUUAAAUAUGAAGAAGAAGAUAAAGAAGAAUAUGGAGAAAAGAUAGAAAAUGAAUGUAAUUGGAUAGGCAGAUAUUAUGAUAGAGAAAUUAGAGAAAUAAGAAUUGAAGAACAUAUUAAACAAUGUGUUGAUGAAUGUUUUAAUGGAUAUACAAGUUUAACAAAAAUAGAAUUAUCACCACAUCUCUAUAAACUUCCAUUUAAAUGUUUUAAUAAUUGUAAAUCAUUAAUAAAAAUUAAUAUUGAAUAUGUUACAUAUAUUGGAGAUAAUUGUUUUUCAAAUUGUACAAGAUUAAAAGAAAUACGAAUGAAUAAAGACAUUGGAUAUGUUGGGAAAUGUAGUUUUUGGAAUUGUAAAAGUUUAAUAAAUAUCAGAAGUUCAGGGAAAAUACAUAUUUAUCAAAGCAUUCCAUAUUGGGUUUGGAUGAUAUUAAAAGAAGAAAAUAACGAAGUUGAAGAAAUUGAAUAUACAAUUGAAGAUAGAGAAAAAGAUAUUGGAAAUGAUUGUUUUGGUUAUUGUACAAAUUUAACAAAGAUUGAAAUACAUGAAGGAAUUAAAGAAAUUCCAAAAGGAUUUAUGAAAUAUUGUGGACAAAUACAAAGAAUUGAACUUCCACAAAGUAUAACUAAAAUAAACACAGAAAGUUUUAAAGAAAGUAUAAAAUUAAAAGAAAUUAACAUUAAUCCAAAUACAAUAAUAAUUGAAAAAGGAGCAUUUGAAAAAUGUCCAAAUAUUAAUUAUGAAUAA